GCGUCACCCUCCUCCGGGAUCCGGCUGGCCCCGAGCGCGUCUCUCCGCCCUCGCCUCCGCCUCUCCGGGCGGGCCGGAAGGGCGAGCCAGCCUCCUCCUAAAAUUGGUCGUGGCAGCACCGGGCUGGCAGCUCCGGCAUGGACACCCGGCUGGACGAGGAGACGGCCCGGUGGCUGCGCUGGGACAAGGUGAAGGGCGCUGGGAGGCAGGGAGCGCGGGAGCGGUGGCGGUGGCGGUGGCGGUGGCGGUGGCGGUGGCUUCCUUCCUUUGCUGCUCUCCCACCCUGCCGGCCAGCGCGGGCCCCACGGGCAGGGCGAGGAGGACGAGGAUGCGGCGGAGGCCUGGGAGCACCUGGCCCGGCUGGCGUCUGUCAGAAUCCUUUAACUUUGGAGUCAGUGAAACGUCUCCUAGCAGAAGGUAAUAAAGAAGAACUACAGAAAUGUUUUGGGGCCCGAAUGGAGUUUGGGACAGCAGGCCUUCGAGCUGCUAUGGGACCAGGAAUUUCUUGUAUGAAUGACUUGACUAUCAUCCAGACCACACAGGGAUUUUGCAGAUACCUGGAAAAACAAUUCAGUGACCUGAAGCAGAGAGGCGUUGUGAUCAGUUUUGAUGCUCGAGCUCACCCACCCAGUGGAGGCAGCAGCAGAAGGUUUGCCCUACUCGCUGCAACCACGUUUAUUAGUCAGGGGAUUCCUGUGUACCUCUUCAAUGAUAUAACCCCCACCCCCUUCGUGCCCUAUACAGUAUCACAUUUGAAACUUUGUGCUGGAAUCAUGGUAACUGCCUCUCACAAUCCAAAGCAAGAUAAUGGUUAUAAGGUCUAUUGGGAUAACGGAGCUCAGAUCAUCUCGCCUCAUGAUAAAGGGAUUUCUCAAGCUAUUGACGAAAAUCUAGAGCCAUGGCCUCAAGCUUGGGACGAUUCUUUAAUUGAUAGCAGUCCACUUCUCCACAAUCCAAGUGCUUCUAUCAAUAAUGAUUAUUUUGAAGACCUUAAAAAAUAUUGUUUCCACAGGAGCGUGAACAGGGAGACCAAGGUGAAGUUUGUGCACACCUCUGUCCACGGAGUGGGUCAUAACUUUGUGCAGUCGGCUUUCAAGGCUUUUGACCUUGUUCCUCCUGAGGCUGUUCCCGAACAGAAAGAUCCUGAUCCCGAGUUUCCAACAGUGAAAUACCCGAAUCCUGAAGAGGGAAAAGGUGUUUUGACUUUAUCUUUUGCUUUGGCGGACAAGACCAAGGCCAAAAUUAUUUUAGCGAAUGACCCAGAUGCUGAUAGACUUGCUGUGGCAGAAAAGCAAGACAGCAAUGAAUGGAGAGUGUUUUCUGGCAAUGAGUUGGGGGCCCUCCUGGGUUGGUGGCUCUUUACUUCCUGGAAAGAAAAGAACCAGGACCGCAGUGCCCUUAAAGACACAUACAUGUUAUCCAGCACCGUCUCCUCCAAAAUCCUACGGGCCAUCGCCUUAAAGGAGGGCUUUCACUUUGAGGAAACAUUAACUGGCUUUAAGUGGAUGGGAAACAGAGCCAAGCAGCUAAUAGACCAGGGGAAAACCGUCUUAUUUGCCUUUGAAGAAGCUAUAGGGUAUAUGUGCUGCCCUUUCGUUCUGGACAAAGACGGAGUCAGCGCCGCUGUCAUCAGCGCAGAGUUGGCCAGCUUUCUAGCAUCCAAGAAGGUGUCUCUGUCUCAGCAGCUGAAGGCCAUCUACACGGAGUAUGGCUACCAUAUUACCAAAGCUUCCUAUUUUAUCUGCCAUGAUCAAGACAUCAUUAAAAAAUUAUUUGAUAACCUCAGAAACUAUGAUGGAAAAAACAAUUAUCCAAAAGCUUGUGGCAAAUUUGCUAUUUCUGCCAUUAGGGACCUCACCACUGGCUACGAUGAUAGCCAGCCUGAUAAAAAAGCUGUUCUUCCUACUAGUAAGAGCAGCCAGAUGAUCACCUUUACCUUUGCUAAUGGAGGUGUGGCCACCAUGCGAACCAGCGGGACGGAGCCCAAAAUAAAAUACUAUGCAGAACUGUGUGCCCCUCCUGGAAACAGGGAUCCUGAGCAGCUGAAGAAAGAACUGAAUGAGCUAGUCAGUGCUAUUGAAGAACAUUUUUUCCAGCCACAAAAGUAUAAUCUCCAGCCCAAAGCAGAAUGAAGUAUUCCAGCUGGGCGCCGUUACAGUUACUAACAGUUAAGCUGAGUUUGAUUUGUUAAGAAGUAUUGCAGUGCCUGUGGCUCAGAGGAGUAGGACGCCGGCCCCAUGUGUUGGAGGUGGUGGGUUCAAACCCAGCCCCGGCCAAAAACUGCAAAAAAAAAAGAAGUAUUUUUGAGGACCAUAUGAUUCAAAUUAUUGAUAGAAAUAUUUGUUUAUGGUUUUUUUUUUAAAUGUGUUCCUCAUUGUUUCAUGUUUGAUCUUUAAAGUGCUUAAAGAAAAA